AUGUCGUUCGUAGACCAUUUACAAGGUCUAUUCGACAAUCCCAACAUCCCGUGGAAAGCGGUGAUUUCCGCCUUUACUUUGGGCCAAUUUGCGUUUGAAACGUAUUUGAACUACCGUCAAUACCGCACUUUGGGAAAGAAAACUCUUCCUAAGACCCUGGAAGCUGAAAUCGAUGCAGAAACCGUGAAUAAGGCCAAUGAGUACUCGCGUUCGAAAAUGAAGUUCAGCUUUUUGUCAAGCACGUUCAGCUUGGUGGAAAACUUGGCAGUGAUCAAGUACGACUUGUUUCCUCGUGUGUGGCAUUUAGGUGUUGCCAUCGCUCGCAAGCUUCCUUUCCAAGUGUUGACAACGUCUACCAUCGCCCAAAGUCUUGUUUUCUUCACCGUAUUGUCCAAUCUGUCUACCGUCAUGCAAUUACCUUUCUCUUACUACGAACACUUUGUUUUGGAGGAGAAGUAUGGUUUUAACAAACUCAGCAUAAAACUGUGGAUUUCUGACAAGAUCAAGGGCUCUAUUUUGGGCGCUGCUUUGGGUAUGCCGCUAACCUACGCUUUUCUCAAGAUUUUUGACACUUUCCAAACCAAUUUCCUCGCAUAUAUCUGUGGAUUUGUGCUUGUGGUCCAGAUCCUGGCUAUGACUUUAGUUCCUGUGCUUAUCAUGCCACUAUUCAACAAGUUUACACCUUUGGAAGACGGAGAACUCAAGAAAUCUAUCGAAGCUCUUGCACGUCGCGUUAACUUCCCAUUGGACAAGAUUUUUGUUGUGGACGGUUCCAAACGGUCUUCUCACUCCAACGCCUACUUCACUGGACUUCCUUUCACAAGCAAACGCAUUGUGCUGUACGACACCCUUGUGAAGGAUUCGUCCGUGGAUGAGAUCACCGCCGUGCUAGCUCACGAAAUCGGACAUUGGCAGAAAAAUCACAUUUUGCGUAUGCUUGCCUUCAGUGAAGUCCACAUCGCCUUCUUGUUUUCGCUUUUCACUGCAGCGUACCAGAACAAGUCUCUCUACGCGGCAUUCGGCUUUUUCUUGGGUCGGGGAGCCCCUGCCAACAGCGCAACGGUCAUCACCCCACAAUUGCCAGUUUUGAUCGGCUUCAUGCUGUUCAACGACCUUUUGCAGCCUUUGGAAUGUGGUUUGAAUUUUGGUAUUAAUUUGAUCUCCAGACUGCAUGAGUACCAGGCUGACGCAUACGCCAAGAACCUGGGCUACACAAAGGAUCUGUGUCGUGCACUGAUCAACUUGCAAGUCAAGAAUUUAUCUACCAUGAAUGUCGACUCACUGUUUUCAAGCUACCACUACUCCCAUCCUACUCUUCCUGAACGUUUGGAGGCUCUUGAAUACAUAAGUGAACGCAAGGUCGAGUAG